AUGAACAAGCUGGUAGCAGGACUGCUGUUCGCCAUGGCACUGCCUAUACGUCUCAAUCGAAUACAGGAGCCUUCACAAGUCGUGUUUGACGAAGUCCACUUUGGUGGAUUCGCCAAUCACUAUAUUCAACGCAAGUUCUUCUUUGACGUGCAUCCACCUCUUGCGAAGCUGUUGAUUGCCGCUACCGGAAGCCUGGCAGGAUAUGAUGGACAAUUUGAUUUCAGCCAGAUCGGCAAUAAUUACCUGCAGCAUGAUAUUCCCUACACCGCCAUGCGUGCUGCCUGUGCCAUACUGGGAGCUUUUACAGUCCCAAUGGCGUUUCUUACUAUACGCGACGGCGGUCACUCACUUCCUGCCGCUUUGAUGGCCGCCGUGGCAGUUUGCUAUGAAAAUAGUAUGGUGACCAACAACCGAUUGAUCAUGCUGGAUUCCUACUUGCUAUUCUUCACCGCUUUAACCAUUCUGUGCUGGAAUCGAUUCUACUCGGCGAACCGCAACAGGCCCUUCCAAGCAUCGUGGUGGUUAUGGUUAACGUUGACGGGUGCGGGUCUAGGAAUGACGGUCAGUUGUAAAUGGGUAGGCCUGUUCCUGAUUGCGACAAUUGGAAGCUCCACCGUCAAAGAUCUGUGGCAUUUGUGGGGAAACCUGUCCGUUUCCAAGUCACAUUUCAUUCGGCAUUUCAUGGCAAGAGCUAUGUGUCUGAUUGUGUUACCGGUAUUGAUCUACGUCUUCACCUUUUACAUCCACUUUAUUGUUCUUCGUUACAGCGGUGAGGGCGACGUGCACAUGUCGGCGGCGUUUCAGCAUUCGUUAGUUGGCAAUCGCGUACCUGAUUCGCCUAUUGACAUCGCGUACGGUUCGCGCGUAACGCUGCGUCAUCUCGCCAGCAAAGGCGGUUACCUUCACUCCCAUCCGUCCAAUUACCCCGAGGGAAGCAAACAGCAGCAAAUCACACUGUAUCCCUAUCGUGACGAGAAUAAUUGGUGGAUUAUCCGACAAAUGAACAGUACAUUGGAUCUGCAGAACGAAGGGGAUAUGCUAGGCUCGGAUAACAACACAUGGGUCAAAUGGGUCCGCCACGGCGAUAUUAUUCGACUGGAUCAUGCAUCUACGGCUCCAAGAAGGUUACACAGCCAUGACAUUGCAGCACCGGUAUCUGACGUCGAAUAUCAGAAGGAAGUGAGUGCUUACGGAUUCCCUGAUUAUGAAGGUGAUGCGAACGAUUAUUGGCGAGUAGAAAUUGAAUCUGGAGCGCCGACAAAAGAGGCUGGCGAACGGCUGCAGACGUUGCGAUCCCAGUUUCGGCUAGUGCAUCUCAUGCAAAACUGCGCUUUAUUUUCAAGCGAUGUGAAACUUCCAGAAUGGGGUUUUGGACAGCAGCAGGUGACUUGUAUGCAGAAUAGCAAGAAACCAAAGGCACUUUGGAUGAUCGAAGAAACCUACAACUCUUUCUUGCCACAGGACACCAAGUAUGUGAAUUAUCUCGUUCCAAACUUCUGGGAAAAAUUUGUCGAACUGCACAAGGUGAUGUGGACCGCCAAUUCAAAGUUGACAGAGCCACACCCUUACCAGUCACGGCCCUCCUCCUGGCCCGUGCUGCAAAGCGGCAUUUCGUUUUGGGCCAGCGAUCAUAAACACGUUUACUUUUUGGGCAAUCCGCUGAUCUACUGGGGCUCGCUCGUGGGUGUCUUUACGUUCCUGAUCCUGUCUCUCUUUUUCCAAAUCCGCCAUAAACGUGGCUUACCCGAUCGAUACCCAGGAAAACGAGAAUUCUUUGAAAACGCCGCGGGAUUCUAUGCGGCAGGAUGGGCAUUUCAUUAUCUGCCGUUUUUCUUGAUGGGACGACAAUUGUUUUUGCAUCAUUAUUUGCCGGCCUUGUACUUUGCUACGCUGGUGCUUGCAGUAGGCUUCGACUUGGCAUUGACAAGACUACCGGAAGGUGGUCGCUUGCUGGUUACACUGGGUGUAUGUGUUGCUAUCAUUGCCACAUUUCAUUCAUUUGCGCCCAUCACCUAUGGUACAGAUUGGACCAAAGAGGCGUGCGAAGCCGCGCAUUGGUUGCCUACCUGGGACUUUGGUUGUGAAAGGUAUGGGAACUGA